AUGGUCUCAAUGGCUACACCGGCCGCAACUACUACUACGACAACGGCGUCAUCAACGCCACCAAAAGGAUCGGAUAAAUUACCAACGUCACCAUCAACAACUAUCGCAACGACAACUGAACGUAUGAUGAAAACUAUUCCAUCUCCACCCAGUUCUCGUUUAACAUUCAGUGAUGUGUUUGAUAAUCGAAGUAAACCUCGUGUUGACGUACUAAAACAACAUUUUAUAUCUGAAGGACGUGUAAAUGAAGAUGUUGCUCUAAAAAUAAUUGAAGAUGGAGCAAAAUUGUUAAGACAAGAGAAGACGAUGAUCGAUGUUGAAGCACCGAUAACAGUAUGUGGUGAUGUACAUGGACAAUUUUAUGAUUUAAUGAAAUUAUUUGAAGUUGGAGGUUCUCCAGCAACAACAAGAUAUUUAUUCUUAGGAGAUUAUGUCGAUCGUGGAUAUUUUAGUAUUGAAUGUGUACUUUAUUUAUGGUCGAUGAAAAUAUUAUAUCCCACAACAUUCUUUUUAUUACGUGGCAAUCAUGAAUGUCGUCAUUUAACAGAAUAUUUUACGUUCAAAACAGAAUGCAAAAUCAAAUAUACCGAACGUGUUUAUAAUGCAUGCAUGGAAGCAUUUGAUUGUUUACCAUUAGCUGCAUUAAUGAAUGCCCAAUUUUUAUGUGUACACGGUGGAUUAUCUCCAGAAAUCCACUCACUUGAUGACAUUAAAAAACUUGAUCGAUUUAAAGAACCUCCACCGUAUGGACCUAUGUGUGAUUUACUUUGGUCUGAUCCAUUAGAGGAUUAUGGAAUCGAACGAACAUCUGAACAAUAUAGUCAUAAUACCGUACGUGGAUGUUCAUAUUUCUAUAGCUAUGCAGCGUGUUGUGAAUUUCUUCAAAACAAUCAAUUGUUAUCUAUUAUUCGUGCUCAUGAAGCACAAGAUGCUGGUUAUCGAAUGUAUAAAAAAUGUCAAGCAACUGGCUUUCCAAGUUUAAUAACAAUAUUUUCUGCUCCAAAUUAUCUUGAUGUGUAUAAUAAUAAAGCUGCAAUAUUAAAAUAUGAAAAUAACGUUAUGAAUAUUCGUCAAUUUAAUUGUUCCCCACAUCCAUAUUGGUUACCUAAUUUUAUGGACGUUUUUACAUGGAGUUUACCAUUUGUUGGAGAAAAAGUAACUGAAAUGUUGGCAAAUAUUUUGAAUAUAUGCUCAGACGAAGAAUUAGACGAACCGAUCACCACUGAAGCUCCAGAGGCACUCAGCGAAGCUGCUCUAGCUGCUCGUAAAGAAGUUAUUAGAAAUAAAGUGAGGGCAAUUGGUAAAAUGGUUCGCUAUUUUGCUACUCUGAGAGAACAGAGUGAAGAUAUUCUUGCUUUGAAAGGACUUAAUCCAGGUGGCGCAUUGCCAAUGGGAACAUUGGAAGGUGGAAAAUUAGCUAUUGAACACGCUAAACAAUUGAUUGCAAAUAAAAAGCGUAUCUCAUUUGAAGAAGCAAAACGUUUAGAUAAACUAAAUGAAAGUAUGCCACCAUGGCAACUUUCAUCUGCUUCGGGCCUUACAACAACAUCUACAUCGGGCAUUGGAAGCUCAGCGAGCGGUUCAUCAUCGCCCCGUGUUGUUACAUCCACACUGACAUCAUCAACAACGUCAUCAUCUCAUCCGUCAACUGCUGGUGAUGAUUUUAAAAGGAUUUCAACUUCGCCAGUGAAUGCACUCGCAACAGCAGUUGCUGCAGCUGCAUCUGGUGCUACAUCGGGAUUAUUAGAUUCGACUAAUGUGACAAUAUCUGAACGAUGUAAUGGUUCAUCGGACGAAAAACAAAAAUUAUUACAAAAAAACAUGAAUACUACAGACAAUUCGACGACAACGACUAAUACAGCGGCUAAAAAUGCUCAUCAUUCGUCACAUCAUCAACAUAGAACGAAAUGA